CAUGGCGAUGUACAAAGAGGGGAAGCCAACUAACCAGAUAUCAGAGAUUAGAAGGGGAGGACUGAGGAGGGGGGGCUGCUGUAAAUUCGGAAAGGACAAAAUGAUUGAUGGAUUUGUGAAAUGUGAAGUGAAGUGGCGGUAGCUCCUUAAAUUUAUGAUCUAUAAUUUCGCUUUGGUCGUCCGCAACUUUCUGCAACCCACGUUUCUCCUUGAGUUGGCUUUUUUUUCUUUUUCCUUAACCAUCUAUCUCCCUCUCUCUUUCCUCCGUUUUUUGUUGGAGACGGGAGAGUUAGAGAGUUGAGAGAGAGAGCGAGAGAUCUGGUCGUGGGAAAUUCGGUUGUUCUUGCUGUGUGUGGAGGAUAGAAGCAGCAUGUCGUUUGCAGGAACAACCCAGAAGUGCCAAGCCUGUAAUAAAACAGUUCAUCUGGUGGAUCAGCUGACCGCUGAUAACCGUAUCUUCCAUAAGUCCUGCUUCCGGUGUCAUCACUGCAAUGGCACCCUCAAGCUUGGCAACUUUAGUUCCUUUGAGGGGGUUCUGUAUUGUAGACCGCAUUAUGAUCAACUUUUCAAGAGAACCGGCAGGUUGGACAAGAGUUUUGAAGGAGCACCAAAAGUUGCGAAAUCAGAGAAACCUGUUGACAGCCAGAGUGUUGGCUCGAAUAGGGUUUCAAAUAUGUUUGGAGGCACCCAAGAAAAAUGUGUGGGGUGUAAGAAGACUGUAUAUCCGCUUGAAAAGGUAACGGUGGAUGGAAAUGUCUACCAUAAGAUCUGUUUCAGAUGCGUACGUGGAGGCUGUGUUCUUAGCACAUCCAGCUACAUUGCACACGAGGGUAAACUCUACUGCAGGCACCAUCACACCCAGCUAUUCAAGGAGAAAGGCAAUUACAGCCAACUUGAAAAUGACAAAGGCAGUAAGGAGCCAGCAACUUGAAAAGCAACAUACAACUUCCGUUGAAGCUAGUCGCUGCUGAAUCAUCAUCUUCUUUUCAUUUAAGUCUCAUUUUGGUCUCCCUUCUCCAUUAUUGCUUCACUCACUUAAUCUUUUUCUUUCCCUAUAGUCAAAUGAAUUUCAAUUCUACGCUUAUUUUCCUGUAUUUGUUUUUUUUUUUUCUUUUAUGUUUUCUCCUUGGGUUUCUUUCACAGUUUCACAUUGUGGAAGCCAAGUUAAGAGAUGGGUUUGGCCCAUUUUCUUGUCAUCAUAAUAUGGAAAGUUUUAUUAUGAAAUAUUUCCAUUAAUUUCUUGACAGGUCUCUAGAUUUUUAAUAAAGAUGAGUGGUCCGAAAUGGCUUA